GCAAAAUGUGGUGGCUGGCCCUAUGUGCUGUGAGUGUUCUAGCCCAAAAUGACAGUUAUAAUAUUGAAACCCGGGAUGUAUUCGACUACAGUUCCAUGCCGGCUCUCUCUGAGUUGGAUGACUUCGACAAAUGUCUCAAGGACAAAGAUGCUGUGUACUGUAUAGUUGAUAUGGAGCUGCUGGAAGAUGAUACACCAUUGUAUCAGUAUAUUAAGAAUUUCUCCUCACAAUACUACCACAACUACAAGCACACGAAACUACACAGAGGCGUGUGUGGCACACAGCACUGUGGCCUGAACAUAUCUCAUGCGAAUGUGACCGAACUGACUGUGACUGCUUUGAGAGAAUGUUUCAACGCUAGUAUACAUGAGGGGUAUGGGUUACAGGUGGAAUCCUUAUCAGUACGAUAUUGUAAGACACAAGAAGAUCAACUACCCAUAGACACUUUGGAUAUAAUAAUUGGAUUGUUGAUACUGCUGAUAUUAUUCGUUAAUCUUGGAUGCACUGCGUACUAUUUCUUCUGGCCCCCUGAAGAUAAGCAGUGCAACAGAUAUUUUUUGGCUUUUUGUUUGCAAAAGAAUUGGAAAGCUUUAAAAUAUGGCGGCAGUGCUGAUGGAGGCAUCUUCAAAUGUUUUCAAGCGAUGAGGUUCUAUACAAUGGUGAUGAUCCUUGGUCUUCAUUCGAUGAUAUUUAUCGGUUAUGGAUACACAGAAAACCCAGAUUUCAUUGAAAAGUCCUACGACGAUUUUUUCAAGUCCCUGCUAUUCAACGCGCGUAUCAUUGUGCAAAUCUUCUUCGUCAUGGGAGGAUUUUUAAUGGCCUACAAAAUGCUAACGUAUGCAGAAUCCCAUCAGUUUAGUUUGAAGACCAUCCCCAUGGCUAUUGUUAAUAGAUGGCUUAGGCUCAUGCCAGCGGUCCUAGUGGUGAUGGGACUCGCCAUGACGUGGGUCCCACAUAUGGGAUCCGGCCCCAUGUGGGACGCGGUGGUGAAGCGAGAGCGCGACAUGUGCAGGAUGAACUGGUGGCAGCUGGUCAUACUGAUGCCGAAUGUGUUCCCGUUUGAGUAUCUGUGCUUGCCGCAAGCGUGGUAUCUAGGAACAGAUACCCAACUAUUCCUGAUGACGAUGGUGAUCAUGCUCAUCAUCUGGAGAUGGCCACGGUCUGGAGUACCAGUGCUAUCAGUGGUGAUGGUGAUCAGCCUCCUGAUUCCCUUCCUGCAGAGCUACUUCAUGGAACUACUGCCUAUUCGUGUUAGCAUAUUCCCUGAGUCAAUAAGGAACAUUUUCGGAUACAACGACACCUUCUACCACGCGUAUGUCUCCGCCCAGGGUAACUGGGCUGGCUACCACCUGGGUGUAUUGACUGCCUGGUUCUACCAUCGAGCCCAGAAUAAGAAAUGGAAUCUGGGAGAAUCAUGGAUCCUCAAGGUCCUGUUCAUCAUCUCAAUCCCAAUAGCAUUUGGGACAGUCCUGAUGGGAUGGGAUCUGCACCAUCGAGAGGCGUCAGCUUUCGAGUCCGCCAUUUUUAAUGCGCUGAACCAAAACUUCUUCGCGUUUGCUAUGUGCAUCUUUAUUAUUGGAUACUUCUAUAGAUGUAACAAACUCUACGUAGGCUCAGUGGAGUGGGGCCCCCUACAGCCCUUGGGCAGAAUGUCCUACUGCGCUAUGUUACUUCACGCGACAGUCCUCAGGACGUAUGGAGGGCAGAUGAGAAGAUCCUUCUAUGCAACUGAUUAUACUGCUAUAAUGCUAUACGCUGGUAUAGUAAGUACAACCUACCUCCUCUCUUUACCUCUUCAUCUAUUCGUGGAAGCACCAGCUUGCGCCCUGCAGAAGAUUUGGUUCGGACCUCGUCGACAACCACGGGAAGAACCCAUGAAUGUUAAACCGGGAGUGUCUACUGUUUCUGUGUCUACUGUAUCUACGCAUAUAUAGUUUAUUAGGUAAAGCCGCGUAUCCACUAGGUGAUUGUUGCGCAACAUAUUGUACAACAUGAUGUCCAACAUAUUGAAACUUUUGUUGAAAAAAUACUGACUCUUUGUAUUCGCUCUACUAAUAUGUAUAUGGACAACAUAAAACCAAUGAACCAAAGCCAAUAGUUCUGAUUUCAAUCAACAACAAGCCGAGCGUUAUGUUGCACGCUGUUGUGUAACUUUGUAACAUAAUAUGGUCACGUGUUGCGAGCUAAAUGUUGCCUAGUGGAAACGCGGCUUAAAGCGUAUUCAUGAUAAACAUUUGUUGAGCAACAGUUGAUCAAAAAUGUUGCUCUAAACUAUGCUUAAAUGUUUCUUGGGUAUUUCAACUCGCAUUAUCAAUUCAGACACAACUCAGACAAAUGAUCAAUUUUAUUUCUAAACAGAUGUUUACCAUGAAUGCAGUACUUUGCUUAAAAAACUAACGAUCUGAGCACAGGAAAUUUAAUUAAAAUCGGUCGAGUUGUUUCGGAGUUUGUAUACAAAUACUGUGAUAAGAGAAUUUUAUAUUUAGGUAUUAAAUGACGCAGUAGUAGUAGAUGUUAUAGUAGAUUUAACAAUGGUCUAAGCACGCUACAUAAACUGAAAAUAUAUGAAAAGAUUGGUACAGUAAAUAAUAUACAGAAAGAUUAAAUCUUUUGAUUAGAAAAAUAAAUUUGAAAGUAAACAAUUUUGUAUGGACGUUUUAUUAGUAUUUUUUUCAGAAAAUUAUGUAGGUACAUAGAAUAUAGUUUUGACCUGAACCUGGAUGGGAAUCUACUAUGUAUGUAUCUAUUAUGUGUUGAGGUACUAUAUAUAGUCUAAGAUCCGGAAUUAGAAAAAUAUACCCUCAUCUGUUAUUUAGAUGAAACAAUUUUUAUAAGCUAAUUUUAUUAUAAAUUGUUGACGGUUUUAACUUACUACAUGUAAUUAACACGAGAAAGUAAAAAUUAAAAAUAAAUUACGUGUUAAUGAAUUAAUUACUAUUAAUUGUAGCAGGCUUAUGAUGGCAGAUGUUGUUUUUAUAAGUUCAUGAUAUUGAAAUCAGCAUAUAAAAAUUGUUUCACCUAAAUAACAGAUGAGGGUAAAUUUUUCUAACCCCGGAUUUUAGACCAAUAUCAAAAGUGACGUUAGAGCAAUCAGUUUCCAUACUCAAAUUGAAUUGCUUCUAACAAAGGCUUCUUGGAAUAUCCAUACCAUGCUGGAAGUUUAUACUCAAUAAAUUAAUUCUAUAUUUUGUCUCUACAAUGUUUCUGGAGCGCUUCUUCCUAAGAAAUUAUAAAAUUAUAAGUACCAUCAUAGUUUACUAGCUGUGCCCCGCAGUUUUACCCGCAGUGCUCCGCUCCUGAUGGUCUUUGCGUAAUGAUAUAUGCCUAUAGGCUUCCUCUAUAAAUAGGCUGUCUAACACCGAAAGAAUUAUUCAAAUCGAACCAGUAGUUCCUGAGAUUAGCGCGUUCAAAUAAACAAACUCUUUAGCUUUAUAAAUCGACACGAUUGGAAAGUGAUGAUCGUCAACUACACAUGCUCUUUUGCUCUCUAACUUCCGUAGUUCUCGAUUCUGGGUUAUUUGAAUAUAUCAAUACCAAUUUCAUUAUUUUUUUCCUACUUAAUUUUUAUUUUGUACUUCCCAAUAUGUUAAAAAACUUCCUACACUACCAAGGAGACGAGUAAUGUUAAGAACAUAAUAACGAUUUACAAAACUUUGAACCAAUCCUCAAUACAAGAGCUUACGUAGAGAGAUUACGUUAAAAACAGAUAGGCGAACGUUUUGUAAAGUCGCUUAAAAACAAAUGACUCCCAAAAUUCUAAACUAUUUCGUAUUGGUGUUCCACAGACUGAUUGUGAGUCGUAAUUAAAACCGCAUUACUUCUAACGAGCGCUCCUCACAAUGGGCAGCAUUGGUCGAGUAAAGGCAAUCACGAUAGUGUAAAGGGCCUAAAUGAUUAUGAUCGGCCGUCAUUGUAGGUCUUUAUUCAAAACUCUGAAACGGCAAACAUCGACGAUCAUUUGUUGGGCCAACGCUGCCCAUUGUGAAGAGAGCGAAUAACGAUCCUGUGCGAUUAACAAACUUUAUUAGAUUUUAUCAAUGUAACUGUUUAUUUAUCAGAUGUUGUGAUGGGUUUACAUGUGUUAUAUUUACGUAUAUUGAUGAUUUAUCUUGACUCUGUUCAUUCCUGUUUCAAUAUUGAUACUAGACUAUUAGAAGCUGUUUUGGUUAUAUAAAAACUAGUUACUAUUAUAUUAUUAUGUCUUUAGUUUUUCUAUUAUGAAUACGUUGUUCUUUUAAUCUUUAUUCACACUUUUUACACUGGGUUUUAUUAACUUGUUUGCUCAAUAUACGCUAUAAUUCAACGUCCAAUUACAUCUUAACGAUAAUUGACUGGUUAAUUAUAAAUAUAUAAUGUACAUAGAUGUAAGUUUUGUAUAAUAAAAAUGUUUAUAGAAA